CACAAGUUGGCUCUAGAACAGCCUCAGCCGCCUCUCGAAACCAGACUCUGCGACCACAGCCAACGCGCUCCACACGCGUACCAGAGAGAGAGAGAGAAAGAAAUAUACGAUCAUCUGGUGCCAUCGUGAUUGACUUCAAACGAAAGAACCCGCCAAGGAGCAUAUGUUAUCAUGGCUGCUCUCUUCCACAUAAAACAAUAGACGAAACAACGCACAAAAUAUUCAGAUCGACGUACCUCUCUUUCUAUUUCUCUUUCGCUCUCUUUGUGGAUCCAUUGUAUUGGGUUGAGAUCUGUUUGCAGAGCCGGGCGACCUAUUUGGAAGAAAUCAUUAUCAUAAUUAGGGUUUUGCAGAGAUGGGUUCUAAUGAUAAAGAUCAGAAGCAAGGCGGUGGUGGGUUCUUCGCAUCCAUCGCUACAAGCUUGUCUAAUUUCGGCAGUGCAAUGUCCAAAUCAGUUAACGGUUUGAUUGGUUAUGAAGGACUGGAAGUUAUCAAUCCUGAAGGAGGCACUGAAGAUGCCGAGACAGAAGCGCAAAAAGGAAGAUGGAGGCAAGAGGAUCGGGACACUUAUUGGAAGAUGAUGCAUAAGUAUAUAGGCUCUGAUGUCACAUCAAUGGUGACACUCCCAGUUCUCAUUUUUGAGCCUAUGACAAUGGUUCAGAAAAUGGCAGAGCUGAUGGAGUAUUCGUACCUGUUAGAUCUUGCAGAUGAAUGUGAGGAUCCACACAUGCGAUUGGUGUAUGCUGCAUCCUGGUUUAUAUCUGUAUAUUAUGCCCUCCAGCGAACCUGGAAGCCAUUUAACCCAAUUCUUGGUGAAACUUAUGAAAUGGUCAAUCAUGGCGGCAUUACAUUUAUUUCAGAACAGGUUAGUCAUCAUCCUCCAAUGGGUGCAGCACAUGCUGAAAAUGACCAUUUUGUUUAUGACAUAACUUCAAAGUUGAAGACCAAAUUUUUGGGAAACUCUCUGGAUAUCUAUCCUGUUGGGAGAACGAGGCUUACCCUCAAAAAGGAUGGCGUAGUCCUAGAUUUAGUACCUCCUCCCUCAAAAGUGAACAACUUGAUAUUUGGACGAACUUGGGUUGAUUCACCAGGGGAGAUGAUCUUGACAAACUUGACCACAGGGGACAAAGUUGUGCUGUAUUUUCAGCCUUGUGGCUGGUUUGGGGCUGGUCGCUAUGAAGUGGAUGGAUAUGUAUAUAAUUCAGCUGAAGAACCCAAAAUAUUGAUGACUGGGAAAUGGAAUGAGUCAUUGAGCUAUCAACUUUGUGACCUGGAAGGGGAACCCCUCUCAGGCGCUGAACUGAAAGAGGUUUGGAGAGUUGCUGAUUUUCCCAAAAAUGAUAAGUUCCAGUAUACAUAUUUCGCACAUAAGAUAAACAGCUUUGACACAGCACCUAAGAAGUUGUUGGCAUCAGAUUCUCGUUUGCGUCCAGAUAGAUAUGCACUUGAGAAGGGUGACCUAUCAAAAGCUAGUUCAGAAAAGAGCAGUCUGGAGGAGAGGCAGAGAGCUGAAAAGAGAAUGAGAGAGGCCAAAGGUCAUCAAUAUACUCCGAAAUGGUUUGACCUAUCUUCUGAAAUCGCUCCAACACCAUGGGGUGACUUAGAAGUGUACAAAUACAAUGGCAAGUAUGCUGAACAUCGGGCUGCUGUGGAUAAUUCCGACAGCAUCGAAGAGGUCGACAUCAGAUCAACAGAGUUCAACCCCUGGCACUAUGGAAAUUUGGCUGCAGAAUGAGUUGCAUAGACAUAUAGAUGUGUUUGCCUGCAUCAUUUUGUCUCGUCUAUUUUUUCUUUUUCUUUUUUUGUACUUUGUGUUCUUUUCAUUUUGUUGGCCAUGAUUGUAUUCUUAUUUAGGAUGAGUAACAAAAUCAUAUUAAGAUUCAAAUGACUUAGCUCACAUGACAUUUAAUUCUAUAAUUUUAGUAUUUGAUUUGAGUUUGCGAUCCUGAAAUCGAGUGCUGUAACAUUUUUUUACUAAGAAAAGAAAAAGCCAACUAUUGUAUGGAGAUUAUCAGCAACCCUU